UUUACAGAGAUUAACGUUCGCGUACGCAGUGUAAAAAGGAGCAAGUAAAUCAACCGUAGUGUGUUAUUUUUUUUUUUUUUUUAAUUGUGAUAAAGGUGAAAAAGUUAAUUUGUUACAUCAAUAUUUUACAUCUAUUAAUAUUCUAGGAUAAUAGCCAGCUAAAAAUAAAUAUGCCACGAUAAGAAUUUGGAAUUUUGUCAACUUGGCAAAGGAUUUUAACAGCUUAAUUUGACGUUUUACAAUAUCAUUUGAAAAAAAAAAAUCAAAAUGACAUCUACAAAAUCAAAGGAAAUUGCUGAGGAGUACAUCUCAUCGUUAUCGGAUUUAACAUUAAACAGCAAGCCUCUUAUCAAUAUGCUAACAAUGCUUGCCGAUGACAAUGUUGAACACGCAUCAGCAAUCGUCGAAGCCGUUGAGAAUCACUUAGAAAAGGUGAGACCCGAGAUCAAGCUACCAGUCCUUUAUCUCAUCGACUCAAUCGUCAAGAAUGUUAGUGGAGCAUAUUUAAAUCUCUUCGCCAUAAAAAUUGUCAAAACAUUUUCUGGUGUAUUUGAGAAGGUUGAUGAAACAACGAGAUCAAGUAUGUGGAAAUUACGACAAACAUGGAAAGAUGUUUUUUCUCCUCAAAAACUAUAUUCUCUUGAUUUACGAGUUAGUAGUAUGGAUCCAGCUUGGCCAGUUGCUAAAGAUCCACCACCAGGAAUUCCAUCAGGAUCAAUUCAUCUUAAUCCUCGUUUUUUAACUAUGUCUCAAGCAACUCCUGCAUCAUUGGUUCCAAUAACAACAGAAAAAGAAUCUGAUGUUGACACUGAAACUGAAGCUGCAAUGAGAGAACAAUUAUUAAAAAAACAAAAAGAAUUAUUAGAAUUACAAAGACAAAAAGUUGAACUUGAAUUACUUCAAGCUAAAAAUAGUUUAGAACAACAAAAAAGACAUUUUGAUAAACAAACAUCAUCAUUUAAAAUUGAAAAUGUUGUUCCAACAGCUCAUGUAGUUCCAACAACUGAAACAGCUGGUAAACCAAUUGCUCCAGUUGUACCUAGCCAAGCAACCAAACAACCUUCAAAACAGUUUCCUGCUGCAACAGCAUCUUUAUUAAAAAAUUCUGGAACAACAAAUGGUCCAAAAAUAUCACCAGCAAAUAGUCUACUAGUUGCAUCAGCACGUCAACAAAUAUCUCGUGAUCCCCGUUUAAAAGUAACAUCAAAUGAUAUACCAACAUCAGCAACAUCUGAAUUACGAAUUGGCUCACGUACAAAUAAAGAUAUUAAUAAUUAUUUACCAGAAAAUCAAAUAACAACUACUGUACUUUCUGAACAAUUACAAUUACAUCAACAGCAGUUAUUAACAAAACAAUCAGUAACUAGCACAAUUCAACAACAACAAAAUAAACAAACACCUAUGAUGUCAAAUAAUAAUAUUAAUAAUAUUGAUGAUGAUAAUAAUACAUCAAUAUUAUCAACUAGUAAUAAUGAUAAUAAUUCUAACAACAAUGAUAAAAAUUUUUGUGUUAGUAAUAUUAAUAGUAGUAAUAGUAGUAGUAGUAAUAAUAAUAGUAGUAGUAGUUGUAUUAAUAAUAAUAGUAAUAAUAAUAAUAAUAAUAGUAACACAAGUAAAGAUAAAGAUUCUAAUUUGAAUAAUCGUUCGAGUCAAAAAACAAAAGAUAUACGUAUUAAUUUAAAUAGUAUCAAUAAUAAUGUAUCAACAACUUCAACAACAUUAACAACAGGAUUAAGUCAAAAACAAAAUUCUGUUUGUCAAUUAAAUUCCACAAAUAUUGGUAUAUUAUCAUCGCGUAAUAAUUUUAAUGAUGUUGGAAAAUCAUCACAGUUACGUCGUAUUGAUGGUGGUCGUGAUAUGAAAUUAAGUAAUGAUCGUAAUUCAAAAAAUGAUAAAUCAUCAUCAUCAUCAUCAUUGUCAUUAUCAUCAUCAUCAUCAUCAUCGUCGUCAUCAUCAAAAAAUUCAAGUAGAAAAAUUGGUGGUAAAUCUAGAUCAAAACAACCACAAAUAUCACCAAAUAAAAUAUCGAAAAUUGAUAGGGAUUCAAGUCCAAUUAGAAUAAAAGAUAAUUCUGAUUCAUCCUCACCUAAUUCCAAUCGUGUUAUGUCCUCACCAACACAAUCCUCAAAAUCUGAUUUAACUAAAAAUUCUCGUAAAAAAAUUGGAAAGUCAAGAAAACGUAGUCCAAGUCCACCUUAUAGAAUUCCAAGACGUACCAGUGAUCAUAAUAAAUCAUCAACAUUAAAUAUUAAUAAUACUGGUGAUCUAAUGGAAGAAGAACAAUCUGGAAGUCUUAUUGUAUCACCACCACAUCCACCAACUUUUAAAGCUGCUGGUCAAAAUGCUAAAUCACGUAAUUACAUGAGAAGAAAUAAAGAUGAUAAUUGUAGUUCUGAUAAUAUGGGUAAUAUGGGACUCGAUGGGGAUGAUGACAAUCUUGCUGAAGUUGCAAGUAAAGAUGAGGAUUUACGAGCAACACUUAUUCCAUUGGCAUCAAUUAUUUCUCCAAUACAAUCAAUUGAAAAAAAAGAAGAUUUAGAUCUUCGAGUGCUUCCAACAAGUUCUGGAAAAAGACCAUCUGAUCAUAUUGAGGCUGGAGUAUCAAAAAAAUCUAAAGCAGAGAAAUUUGAUGCAUUAUUUGGCAAUGAAGAUGUUGAUUUACGUACAUUGACAAAUCCAAAAGCUGGUAGACCACCAACACCACCACCACCAGUUAUAUCAGCUGAAGAAAAUAAAGCAAGUUGGGCAAAAAUAAAAACACCAACUAAAAAUGAUCGUGAUAAACAAUCAAGCUCUGAUGAAAAAGAUAAAGAACGUUCAAAAGAUCGUAAUAAAGAUCGUAUAAGCCGUCAAAGACUUUAUAAUAAAUUAUCAGAUGAUAAUAAAGAUCGUAGACGUUCAUUUAAUGAUGAUGAUAUAAGAUCAAAUAGACGUAGUCGUGAUAAUGAUAAAUCAGAUCGUAGUUCUGAUCGUAGUAUUGAAAUAUUUAUGAAACAAGCUGAAGAACAAUAUAAUCAAGGAACAAUGUUACAAUCAGAAUAUCAUAAAAUAAUACAAAGAUGUUGGCAAAUGAAUGAAGAAGAAAAAUUAAAAGUUGCACAAAGAAAAGAAAAAGAAAUUGGUUCAAUUGUUUGGGAAAAAAAUAUUGAUAUUGGUAAUUCAAGUCCAGAUACAUCAUCAGAUAUUAAUCAUCGCGGUGGUGUUAAUAAUAGAGAUAAUCAUGGUCAUAAUAGUGGAAGAAAUGGACCAAGAUGGCAACAUCCAUGGCAACAAACUGGUCCAUGGGCACAUCAAGUACCACCACCAUUACCAUUUAAUAAUGAUUUUCGUCCAACUGGUCCAUGGCAAGGUCCACGUGGUGGUUUUGCUCCAAUGAGACCAGAUUUUAAUCAAUUUUCACAUGGUUUUAAUGCAAAUAUGGGACCAAGAAUAAAUCAAAAUAUCAUGGCUUCAAUGAAUGGACCAUUAAUGUCAAUAAAUACUGGUUCAACAUCAACAACAACAACAGCAACACCACCAUUAUCAUUACCACCUCUACCACCAUUAGCACCACCACCAUUACCACCACAAAUACCAUCACUUGUUUUACCACCACCUGGAUUAAAUUCAAUGAAUAAUAUUAAUAAUAUUAAUAAUAAUAAUUUAAUAAAUGGUCCAACAAAUAUUAUUCAUAGUAAUAAUAGUAAUAGUGGUGGUGUUAAUAAUAUUCAUCAACAACAAAUUAAUCAAAUAUUAUCAGUACAAAAUGAUAUUACAAAUUGUGAUGAUUUAACAGCUGGUAUUGUUAAUAAUAAUAAUAGCAAUUUGCACAAUGAUAUUAUGAUUAAUAAUGAUUUACGUAAUGUACCAUCACCAGAUCAAACAAUCCUCAAUGAAAUUGGUAAAGAUACAAUGAAAUCAAUAAAUAUUGAUGGUGUACCACGUGAAAUACGUUAUUAUGGACAAACUGGUGUUGUAUUUAUGUCAUGGGAUGAUCCACGUGAAAUUGGUUUUCAAGAUGGUAUGCGUGCAAUAUUAAUUGAUGAUAAAGAUACAAUAUUAUGUUGUUUUAAUGAACCAUAUAAAGAAUUUAUAUUUGAUAAUGAAGUACAUCGUAUACGUCUUGGUGCACCAACACGUGAAUUAUAUAUUGAUGAUAUGUGGUAUGAAUGUUAUUUUGGUGGUCCACCAAUAAUUGUUGAUAUUGGAAAUAAAAAAGUUAAUAUUAAACUUGAAGGACCACCACCACAAGUUAAAAUUGGUAAUAUUAAACGUAUUGAUUUAGUUGUUGGUAAAAUUAAUUUAAUAAUAAAUGCAAGAAAUAUGGUACCAAUAUUUCUUGAUUCAAAACCACAAUUAUUUGAACUUGAUGGACAACGACAUACAUUAGAAUUUAUUGAUUCAUUAAAAACUGUAUUAUUAAAUGGUCGUCCAUUUCCAGUAUGUUUUGGUGGUUUACCAAAACCAAUUAUUAUUGGUGAUAACAAACAUUUUAUUAGAUUUUCAAUAUUACCACGUGGUAUACGUGCUGGUAAUAUUAGAAUAAUGGGUAUGAAAGGUGAUUCACCAUCUCUAGAAACAAUUGAAAGACAGUCAAUAAAUAUUUUACAAGAACAAAAAAUUAAUGAUAAUAAUAAUUUAGGAUUAUCAACAAUUAAUUCACUACAAACAUUUGAUAAUAAUGAUACAAAUUCACAAGAUCCAAAUGAUUUUAAUACUCAUAUAAAACCUGAUCUUCAACUUGAUAUGUUAAGUUCAGCAUUAUCAUCAUCAAUGGCACCAUCAUCUGGUUUAUCAUAUCAAGCUGAACAUACUAAUGAUAAUAAUAUUACAAAUAAUAAUAUUAUCAACAAUAAUAGUAAUAUACAAAAUAAUCCAAUAUUACCAUUAAAACUUGAUAUGAAUGAAUUAUUUCAACGUUUGGUUGCAACUGGUAUUGUUCCAAAAGUUGAUAAUAGUGAUAUUAAAAAAACAAAUAUUGAAACUAAAAAAGAACCAGAAAUAAUUGCAGUAUCAUUUGAUAAACCAGAAACAUUAAAAAUAAAACAACCAGCAUUAGUAUUGACAUUGUAUAGUGGUAUGCAAUGUAGUUCUUGUGGUGUUAGAUUUGCACCAGAAUCAGCAACAAAAUAUAGUCAACAUUUAGAUUGGCAUUUUCGUCAAAAUAGAAAAGAAAGAGAUACUGCUAGAAAAACACAUUCAAGACCAUGGUAUUAUGAUGUUAAUAUUUGGACACAAUUUGAAGAAAUUGAAGAUUUAGAAGAACGUGCACAGAGUUUCUUUGAAACUGAAAAACAAAGUGCUGAUAUGGAUGGUACAAAUAAUGAUGAUUUAUCACAAGAUGGUAUUAUUAUUAGUGUACCUGCUGGUAAUGAUGAAGAUGCACAUUGUCAUGUUUGUCAUGAUGCAUUUGAUACAUUUUAUAAUGAAGAAAAAGAAGAAUGGCAUUUAAAACCAGCUGUUUGUUUUGAGGGUAAAAAUUAUCAUCCACUUUGCCUCGAAGAUCAUAAGCAAUCAUUGGAAAAAUCAGCUUUGGCACUUGAUGAAUCAAUGACAGAAAUGGAAGAGGAUAAAAAAGAUGAUCUCGAUGAAUCAAUUGAUAAAUCAAUGGAUGAUGAAACAACUGAAGAAACUGUAUUUAAAAAUGAAUCAGAAGAUAAGCCAACUGAUGAGUCAAAAGAUGAGUUAAUUGUUGAAAAUACUAUCGCAGAUAAUAAUGCUGAAGAAAUUAUUAAAGAUACAAACACUCAAACAAAAAGUGAACAAGUUGAAAAUGAAAAUGAAUCAACUGAAACAAAAUCUGAUCAUGUUGAAGAUAAUAAUAAUGAUGAUGAUGAUAUUAGUGAAGUUGAGAAAAAAGUUGAACAAAUUCCAGAGAUUGAAAUAAAUAUUACUGAUGAUACAGAAAAUGAGCCUGAUUUGAUGGAAUGUACACCUGAUAAAGUCCAAAUAAAAAUAGAACCAAUUGACAUUACUGAUUGUGAAGAUCAACCUUUUGAUUUUGAAAAUGUCGUAAUAAAAACUGAACCAAUUGAUCCAGAGCCUGAACCUGAGGUGCCUGUUCUUGAGAUAACAACAGUUGUUGACACAACAAUGACUGCAGUAACAAGUUCAAUUGAUGGAAAUGUUGAACUUGAAUCAGCUCCAGCAACAAUGCCAUCAGCACCAUCACGUAUUAAAAUAAAUAUAACAAAGCCACUUGUAACAAACAACAAAGAGCCAGAAGAACCAAAAGAAAAACCACAACUUGAUACAGUAAUUGAAGACCAAAGACCACUACUUCCAGCAUCAAUUAAAUCUACUCUUCAAGGUAGGAAACUAGCUGUAUUGCCCACUGUAGAAAAAGGCCAAGAAAUGUCUGGACUUUGUUCUAUAAUGUAAAUUCAAAUAAUAGCAAACAAAUUUUUUUUUUAAACAAAACAAAACAGUUAAUUCAAUAAUUGAAAACUGUUCAAUUAAAAAUUUAAAAUUAAAAAACGGAAUUUAAAAUUAAAUUAAAUUAAUUAAUCGUCGUAGUCAUAAAUUUUUCAAGUAAAAUAACAUCAUAAUUAGAAAAUUCAUGGUCUUAUUAUACAAUCUACGGUUUGAUUUAAUAUUUUUUUAAAAAGAAAUUAUUUAUUUUUUUCUUCAUUUAUCUUGUCCUCAAGCAUUUACCUCAAAUAUCAGAUUUUUUUUUUUUUUUUUGUUUUAAUUUUUUAAUAAUUAUUUAAUUAAAGGACAUGGAUAUUUGUUGAAAAUAAAAUAUUAAAAUCAUCAAGUCAAGUCGUUUGUAUUGAGUGUAUAAAAAAAAUGACGAUUAAAUCUUCUUAAAAAUGUGUAUAUGUUGAGCAUGAUUGGUUUUUAUUAUAAAUGCACGAAUGAAUGAUUUAAAUCGUCAAGUAGAUAACGUCUUUUGUCUGUUAAUUAAAAUAAUGUAAAUAUAUAUGAAAAAAAAAUAGAUUUUAUAAUACACGAUGAUUUUUAAAUGAAAAAAAAAACAACAAAACAAUAAACAAUAAAUUCAUUAUUAUUAUUUUGAGAAUUUAUCAUUUUAGUGAAAUUGCGGCGGCGUUUUCAUACUGUUUGUACUUUGUAUGUCUGUUUGAAAGGGUUUCGAAAAGAACAAAAAAAAAUAAUCGACUGAAAUGUUUUUAUUCGGUUAAUAACAAUCGAUUUAAAUUGACUUUCAAAAAAAAAAUAAUGAUUAUUUAAAUGAGAGUUGCUAAUCAAUGAAAAAUUAAAAAUUUAAUUUGAAAAAUUAAUUAGUAAAUUUAGGAAAAAAAAAUUUGAAAUCAAUUACUUGUAUUUCAAGCUCUUUUAACCACUUUUUUUUUUUUUUUUUUUUUCAUUAGAAUCAUAAUUGAAUUAAAAUCACUCGAAUGAUUUUUAAAUUUAUUUUCGUUUUUUUUUAAAUUUUUUUUUCAUCGAUUUAAUUUGAUGAGGUUGUACAAAAUGUGUGAUAUACAAUUAUCUGUUAUAAAUUGUACAUAAAAUCAUAAUUCACAAUGGCAUUGUGAUGGAAAAACAAAACCAACAAAUUGAAAAUGAAAAGACGAAAAUGAGAAAUA